CACAGUAUCAAAGAGAGAAAGAGAAAGCGGUUUUGCAGAAAAUCCAAGUGAAUUUAAGGAGCCACCACUGUUCCAACCAGCCCUUUCAUUUUUGUAGUGCCUGUUUGGUUUUUCGUCUUUGCAUUCACUGUUCCACACGAAAAAAAGCUCUUUCGUUCCAUCUCUUUCUGUCUCGAGAUUGGUGUGUGCAGCAAGAUAAAGCUCUCACUCUCUCUCUCUCUCUCUCAGUAGCAUCACUGCUCUUCUUUAAACUCUUGAAACCCUGUUCAAAGAUUGGAUUUUGAGGGGAGUUGAGGGAGCAACAUCUGAUGAAGGAGUGUGGAGGCUCUCUGGGGGAAGAGGGCAAAGAAGAAGAGGACUCUAAAAAGGUGUCUUUUUGAAUCGAAGAGCGUUUUGGGUUUGUUGUUAUGGCACUUUGUAUGCAGAGAGAUUCAGUAUUGAACAGGCUCAUGGAUUGUGGCAAGUAUGUGAGGUACACUCCCGAACAGGUGGAGGCUUUGGAGAGGGUGUAUGCGGAGUGUCCCAAGCCUAGCUCUUCCAGAAGGCAACAACUCAUUAGGGACUGCCCUAUCCUUUCCAACAUUGAACAAAAGCAGAUCAAAGUGUGGUUCCAGAAUCGCAGAUGUCGCGAAAAGCAGAGGAAGGAGGCCUCUCGUCUUCAGACAGUGAAUAGAAAGCUGUCGGCGAUGAACAAGUUGUUAAUGGAAGAAAAUGACCGUCUGCAGAAGCAGGUCUCACAGUUGGUUUAUGAUAAUGGAUACAUGAAACAACAAAUACACACUGCGUCUGCUACUACUACUGACAAUAGCUGUGAGUCUGUGGUAGUGAGUGGUCAGAAGCAACAGCAAAACCCAAAAACUCAGCAUCCCCAGUGGGAUGCCAACAACCCAGCUGGUCUUUUUGCAAUUGCUCAAGAGACCCUGGCAGCAUUUCUUUCAAAAGCUACUGGAACUGCUGUCAACUGGGUUCAAAUGAUUGGGAUGAAGCCUGGUCCGGAUUCUAUUGGAAUCGUUGCUGUUUCCCCCAACUGUAGUGGGGUAGCAGCAAGAGCCUGUGGCCUUGUGAGCCUAGAGCCCACUAAGGUUGCGGAGAUUCUCAAAGAUCGUCCAUCAUGGUAUCGUGACUGUCGAUGCCUCAAUGUAUUAAGCGUAGUCCCCACAGGGAAUGGGGGCACAAUAGAGCUCAUGUACAUGCAGACAUAUGCACCUACAACCUUGGCAGCUGCAAGAGACUUCUGGACUCUAAGAUAUACUUCAACAUUGGAAGAUGGAAGUCUUGUGAUUUGUGAGAGGUCUUUGACUUCUUCAACGGGUGGCCCAACAGGGCCUCCUGCUUCAAACUUUGUAAGAGCUGAAGUGCUUCCUAGUGGCUAUCUAAUUAGACCCUGUGAGGGUGGUGGAUCUAUUAUUCACAUUGUUGAUCACAUUGAUCUGGAUGUAAGGACAAUGAUGCGGUUGAAAUCAGUUUUGAAUUUUUCAUAUCUUUGAACUCCAUCUUUC